AAAAUUUACUUUCACUUGUCAAAUCAGAGAACCAGGACGUUUCAUAUAUUGUGAAAAUGGAAAACCAGAAAGAAGAGAUGCAACUUAAUCGCGAAACGAAUGUUUUGGAUCCCGAAGUGGCCCCAAUGUCUCCGGAGGUACCCUUUUCCCCAGAAAACUUCCAGAAUGAAGAGAUGCAACUGAAUCGCGAAAAGAAAGGUUUGGAUCCCGAAUUGGCCUCGAUGUCUCUGGACCAAUACUACGAGAAGUACGUCAAGAAGCCGGUCAGCAAGGGAAAGUCGUUCCGUCCUCCGCCGAACCCGUCGCUUUCGGAUGCGCAGCUCCGAUUCCAGCGGACGCACUACUUUGGCCCCGCCUACCGGCAGAACCUGCCCAACCCUACUGUGACAGCUAUGCGUGCUCGGCUAGAAGAACUGAGAAAGGGUAUCCAGCAGGGCAAGGCCAUGAUGUUCCUAAUGAACACUGAGAAAGAGCUGACUCAACUGAUCACCUGGUGCCGGAAAUACAAAAAUGAACAAAAAAAAAGUAAAAAUAUAGAAUAUAAAGCUUAACUUGCAUGUGUACUUCAUGCAUGUUGCAUAUAUUGAGACAUAUAUUGUUUUUUGCUCAUCU